UAUAGAUGAGCACCUGCAACUGACUGGAAAUACUAAGUCUGUGGAAGAAAAGCACUCUGGCUACAGAUUAGUUAUUGUGAGCUCAGGUGAGGCUUUUGUCCCAGACUGUGUCCCAUUUCUCCCCAUCCCUCCCUUACCCACUCCUUCACGUACCACACAUGCACUCUCUCUCACCUCCAUUACCAUCCUCAUUCAGUCAUUCAUUCAUUUAUUCAUCAAGAAUUUAAUGGUACUCUACCGCCAGGUGCUGGUGAAUCCCGGUGAAUAAGGAGACAUGGUCCCUGCCUUAAAGGAAGUGGCACUGUAAUGGAGAGUGAUCACAGUGAGCAAGGAUGCACUUAUGAGCUGUGCUGUGGAGGAUUCAGAAGAGGAACCAGUCAGUGGGGAGGGCAGGUUGGCUGAGAUUCGUGAUCAGUUUAAGACCAUGAUGAUUAAGCAGAGGAGUCAGCUGUGUACAGAGCAGAAGUGGGAGGAGCCCAGGCAAAGGGAAUCUGGUGUGGGGAGACCCAGGGAGGAAGCAGAAUUGCUGCGUGAGGCCAAAGGACAUAAUCUCCGCAGCUCCAAGCUCUGGAUGGGCGAGAGGAAUCCCUGGUAGGGAGCCUGCAGUCCUGAGUCCUGGCCCUCCCAGGACACUGCUGUGCCGAGUGCGACUGUGCCCCAAGGACACGUCUCUGAAAUGAAAGCCAUGCCUUGGAACUGGACUUGCCUGCUCUCCCAUCUCCUGAUGGUGGGGAUGGGCUCCUCCACUCUGCUCCCCCGGCAGCCACCCCCGCUGCCCCAGAAGCGGCCUUUUGUCACGUUCCGCGGGGAGCCCGCCGAGAGCUUCAACCACCUGGUGGUGGACGAGAGGACAGGGCACAUUUACGUAGGGGCCGUCAACCGGAUCUACAAGCUCUCCAGUGACCUGAAGGUCCUGGUGACCCACCAGACAGGGCCGGACGAGGACAACCCCAAGUGCUACCCGCCCCGCAUCGUCCAGACGUGCAACGAGCCCCUGACCACCACCAACAACGUCAACAAGAUGCUCCUGAUAGACUACAAGGAGAACAGGCUGAUUGCCUGUGGGAGCCUGUACCAAGGCAUCUGCAAGCUCCUGAGGCUGGAGGACCUCUUCAAGCUGGGGGAGCCUUUCCAUAAGAAGGAGCACUACCUGUCAGGGGUCAACGAGAGUGGCUCCGUCUUUGGGGUGAUCGUCUCCUACAGCAACCUGGACGACAAGCUCUUCAUCGCCACGGCCGUGGACGGGAAGCCGGAGUAUUUCCCCACCAUCUCCAGCCGGAAGCUGACCAAGAACUCAGAGGCGGACGGCAUGUUUGCUUAUGUCUUCCAUGAUGAGUUUGUGGCCUCGAUGAUCAAGAUCCCUUCGGACACCUUUACUGUCAUCCCUGACUUCGACAUCUACUACGUCUACGGCUUCAGCAGUGGCAACUUUGUCUACUUCCUGACCCUUCAGCCUGAGAUGGUGUCUCCCCCAGGCUCCACCACAAAGGAGCAGGUUUACACCUCCAAGCUCGUGAGGCUUUGCAAGGAGGACACGGCCUUCAACUCCUACGUGGAGGUGCCCAUCGGCUGCGAGCGCAGCGGGGUGGAGUACCGCUUGCUGCAGGCUGCCUACCUGUCCAAAGCUGGGGCCGUGCUCGCCCGGACCCUCGGGGUCCGGCCGGAGGACGACCUCCUCUUCACCGUCUUCUCCAAAGGCCAGAAGCGGAAGAUGAAGUCCCUGGACGAGUCAGCCUUGUGUAUCUUCAUCCUGAAGCAGAUCAACGACCGCAUUAAGGAGCGGCUGCAGUCCUGCUACCGGGGCGAGGGCACGCUGGACCUGGCCUGGCUCAAGGUGAAGGACAUCCCCUGCAGCAGCGCGCUCUUAACCAUUGAUGACAACUUCUGUGGCCUGGAUAUGAAUGCCCCCCUGGGAGUGUCUGAGAUGGUGCGUGGCAUCCCCGUCUUCACGGAGGACAGGGACCGCAUGACUUCUGUCAUCGCAUACGUCUACAAGAAUCACUCCCUGGCCUUCGUGGGCACCAAAAGUGGCAAGCUGAAGAAGAUCCGGGUAGAUGGGCCCAGGGGCAACGCCCUCCAGUAUGAGACGGUGCAGGUGGUAGACCCGGGCCCCAUCCUCCGGGAUAUGGCCUUCUCCAAGGACCACGAACAGCUCUACAUCAUGUCAGAAAGGCAGCUCACCAGAGUCCCUGUGGAGUCCUGUGGUCAGUAUCGGAGCUGCAGCGAGUGCCUUGGCUCGGGCGACCCCCACUGUGGCUGGUGUGUGCUCCACAACACGUGCACCCGGAAAGAGCGCUGUGAGCGGUCCAGAGAGCCCCGCAGGUUUGCCUCCGAGAUGAAGCAGUGCGUCCGGCUGACCGUCCAUCCCAGCAACAUCUCUGUGUCUCAGUACAACGUCCUGCUGGUCCUGGAGACAUACAAUGUCCCCGAGCUGUCAGCUGGCGUCAACUGCACCUUUGAGGACCUGUCAGAGAUGGAUGGGCUGGUGGUAGGCAAUCAGAUCCAGUGCUACUCCCCGGCAGCCAAGGAGGUGCCCCGGAUCAUCACGGAGAACGGGGACCAUCAUGUCGUCCAGCUGCAUCUCAAGUCGAAGGAGACGGGCAUGACCUUUGCCAGCACCAGCUUUGUCUUCUACAACUGCAGCGUCCACAAUUCGUGCCUAUCUUGCGUGGAGAGCCCGUACCGCUGCCACUGGUGUAAAUACCGGCACGUCUGCACCCAUGACCCCAAGACUUGCUCCUUCCAGGAAGGCCGGGUGAAGCUGCCUGAGGACUGCCCCCAGCUGCUGCGAGUGGACAAGAUCCUGGUUCCCGUGGAGGUGAUCAAGCCCAUCACUCUGAAGGCCAAGAACCUCCCCCAGCCGCAGUCGGGGCAGCGCGGGUACGAGUGCAUCCUCAGCAUCCAGGGCAGUGAGCAGAGGGUGCCCGCCCUGCGCUUCAACAGCUCCAGCGUGCAGUGCCAGAACACCUCCUAUUCCUACGAAGGCAUGGAGAUCAACAACCUCCCAGUGGAGCUGACAGUCGUAUGGAACGGGCACUUCAACAUCGACAACCCAGCUCAGAAUAAAGUUCACCUCUAUAAGUGCGGCGCCAUGCGCGAGAGCUGCGGGCUGUGCCUCAAGGCGGACCCAGACUUCGAGUGCGGCUGGUGCCAGGGCCAGGGCCAGUGCACGCUGCGGCAGCACUGCCCCAUCCACGAGACCCAGUGGCUGGAGCUGUCGGGCGCCAACAGCAAGUGCACAAACCCCCGCAUCACAGAGAUAAUCCCAGUGACAGGCCCCCGGGAAGGGGGCACCAAGGUCACCAUCCGAGGGGAGAACCUGGGCCUGGAAUUCCGGGACAUUGCCUCCCAUGUCAAGGUGGCCGGCGUGGAGUGCAGCCCUUUGGUGGAUGGCUACAUCCCUGCGGAACAGAUCGUGUGUGAGAUGGGGGAGGCCAAGCCCAGCCAGCACGCCGGCUUCGUGGAGAUCUGCGUGGCCGUGUGUCGGCCCGAGUUCAUGGCCCGGUCCUCGCAGCUCUAUUACUUCAUGACGCUGACUCUCUUGGACCUGAAGCCCAGCCGGGGACCCAUGUCCGGGGGCACCCAGGUGACUAUCACAGGCACCAACCUGAACGCAGGCAGCAACGUGGUGGUGAUGUUCGGGAAGCAGCCCUGCCUCUUCCACAGGCGCUCUCCGUCCUACAUCAUCUGCAACACCACAUCCUCCGAUGAGGUGCUGGAGAGGAAGGUGACAGUGCAGGUGGACAGAGCCAAGAUCCACCAGGACCUGUUCUUCCAGUACGUGGAGGACCCCACCAUCUUGCGGAUCGAGCCUGAGUGGAGCAUCGUCAGUGGGAACACACCCAUCGCCGUGUGGGGGACUCACCUGGACCUCAUACAGAACCCCCAGAUCCGUGCCAAGCAUGGAGGGAAGGAGCACAUCAAUCUCUGUGAGGUGCUGAACGCCACUGAGAUGACUUGCCAGGCUCCCGCCCUGGCUCUGGGGCCCGACCACCAGUCUGACCUGACGGAGAGGCCUGAGGAGUUUGGCUUCAUCCUGGACAACGUGCAGUCCCUGCUAAUCCUCAACAAGACCAACUUCACCUACUACCCCAACCCUGUGUUUGAGGCCUUCGGUCCCUCCGGAAUCCUGGAGCUCAAGCCAGGCACACCCAUCAUCCUAAAGGGCAAAAAUCUGAUCCCACCUGUGGCUGGGGGCAACGUGAAGCUGAACUACACUGUGCUGAUCGGGGAGAAGCCGUGCACUGUAACCGUGUCAGAUGUGCAGCUGCUCUGCGAGUCCCCCAACCUCAUCGGCAGGCACAAAGUGAUGGCCCGAGUCGGUGGCAUGGAGUACUCCCCGGGGAUGGUGUACAUCGCCCCCGACAGCCCGCUCAGCCUGCCCGCCAUCGUCAGCAUCGCCGUGGCUGGCGGCCUCCUCAUCGUCUUCAUCGUGGCCGUUCUCAUCGCCUACAAACGCAAGUCCCGUGAAAGCGACCUCACGCUGAAGCGGUUGCAGAUGCAGAUGGACAACCUGGAGUCCCGCGUGGCCCUGGAGUGCAAAGAAGCCUUUGCCGAGCUGCAGACUGACAUCCACGAGUUGACCAGUGACCUGGAUGGAGCUGGGAUUCCCUUCCUGGACUACAGAACCUACACCAUGAGGGUGCUCUUCCCAGGAAUUGAAGACCACCCUGUCCUCCGGGACCUCGAGGUUCCCGGCUACCGGCAGGAGCGCGUGGAGAAAGGCUUGAAGCUCUUCGCGCAGCUCAUCAACAACAAGGUGUUCCUGCUGUCCUUCAUCCGCACGCUGGAGUCGCAGCGCAGCUUCUCCAUGCGCGACCGCGGCAACGUGGCCUCGCUCAUCAUGACGGUGCUGCAGAGCAAGCUGGAGUACGCCACCGACGUGCUGAAGCAGCUGCUGGCCGACCUCAUCGACAAGAACCUGGAGAGCAAGAACCACCCCAAGCUGCUGCUCAGGAGGACUGAGUCAGUGGCUGAGAAGAUGCUGACCAACUGGUUCACUUUCCUGCUCUACAAGUUCCUCAAGGAGUGUGCUGGGGAGCCCCUCUUCUCCCUGUUCUGUGCCAUCAAGCAGCAGAUGGAGAAGGGGCCCAUCGAUGCCAUCACAGGAGAGGCCCGCUACUCCCUGAGUGAAGACAAGCUCAUUCGCCAGCAGAUCGACUACAAAACCCUGGUCCUGAGUUGUGUCAACCCAGACAACGCCAACAGCCCUGAGAUCCCAGUGAAAAUCCUCAACUGUGACACGAUUACUCAGGUCAAGGAGAAGAUUCUGGACGCCAUCUUCAAGAAUGUGCCCUGCUCCCAUCGGCCCAAGGCUGCAGAUAUGGACCUUGAGUGGCGACAAGGCAGUGGGGCGAGGAUGAUCCUGCAGGAUGAAGACAUCACCACCAAGAUUGAGAACGACUGGAAGAGACUGAACACCCUGGCCCAUUACCAGGUGCCAGAUGGCUCUGUGGUGGCUUUAGUGUCCAAGCAGGUGACCGCCUACAACGCAGUGAACAACUCCACAGUCUCCAGGACCUCAGCGAGUAAAUACGAAAACAUGAUCCGGUACACGGGCAGUCCCGACAGCCUCCGCUCACGCACACCCAUGAUCACCCCCGACCUGGAGAGCGGAGUCAAGAUGUGGCACCUGGUGAAGAACCACGAGCAUGGGGACCAGAAGGAGGGAGACCGGGGGAGCAAGAUGGUGUCUGAAAUCUACCUGACCCGACUGCUGGCCACUAAGGGCACGCUGCAGAAGUUCGUGGACGACCUCUUCGAGACCAUCUUCAGCACGGCGCACCGCGGCUCUGCCCUGCCACUGGCCAUCAAGUACAUGUUCGACUUCCUGGACGAGCAGGCGGACAAGCACGGCAUCCACGACCCGCACGUCCGCCACACCUGGAAGAGCAACUGCCUGCCCCUGAGGUUUUGGGUCAACAUGAUCAAGAACCCCCAGUUCGUGUUCGACAUCCACAAGAACAGCAUCACCGACGCCUGCCUCUCCGUGGUGGCCCAGACCUUCAUGGACUCUUGCUCCACGUCGGAGCACCGGCUGGGCAAGGACUCCCCGUCCAACAAGCUGCUCUACGCCAAGGACAUCCCCAGCUACAAGAACUGGGUGGAGAGGUAUUACUCAGACAUCGGGAAGAUGCCGGCCAUCAGCGACCAGGACAUGAACGCAUACCUGGCAGAGCAGUCCCGGAUGCACAUGAAUGAGUUCAACACCAUGAGCGCGCUCUCCGAGAUCUUCUCCUACGUGGGCAAGUACAGCGAGGAGAUUCUCGGACCUCUGGACCACGAUGACCAGUGUGGGAAGCAGAAACUGGCCUACAAACUAGAACAAGUCAUAACCCUCAUGAGCUUAGACAGCUGAGAACCGUCCUUCCAGGGCCCCCCCUGGAGGGAGGGACACACCAAGCCGUGCCUCAGUCUAGAUUAUCAUCUUUACCAAGUGCAAGUUCCGACUGGCGUCAGCAGCAUCCCCUGAGCAGCGCUCUCUCUCUCUCUCUCUCUGCCUGUUUCCGUCUCCCUCCUUCCUGGACCCCUUCUCUUGCAGUUGCUCUGCUAACACGACUGAACCAAGCCGCCGACCCUCAGUUAGUCCAGAAGGCCCAGCCUCCGGCGAGGGACCUGACCAGAAGACGUCAGAGGGCGCCCUCUUUCUCAGCGGACCCCACGUGUCAGCUUCAGGGCCCGAAUAUGGAUGAGGAGCCGUGGAUGGAGGAUGUCUCUGUGCUGCUCCCUCACCUUCCACUUUGUGACAGCCCCAUACUUGUCCAAGUCUUGGCCUGGGGAGGAGGCAGUGCGCUCAGUAUUACCUUCACUGGGAAGAUGUCACCUGGCCCACAUUUCCAUCUCCAGAGGGUCUGUCAGUGGUGUGGUCCCUUUGCAACCUUGAGAAGAAAGACUGUACCUCCUGCCUGUGGCUAGAGUCGGGGUGUGAGGAGUUGGGUGCCUCACAAGCUGCCUCCCUCUUGUUGGACUGGCAUCCAGUGGCCUCCUUGUCCCCUUACAAUGUUCUUGGAGCCUUUCCAGGUACCCAUGGGGCCCUGCCUGCCCGGUCCCUUCUCUGCCUGUGGGUAACCAGACAGGAGAAGGAAGAGCAGUUACAGUCCACCGUGGAGAUACUCACACCCUCCCAAUCUGGCUCAGAGCGGCAGCGAUGUAACAUGGAGAGGAGGAAAGAAAAGAUUUGCAUCUACCCUGGAAGCAGAAUUGGUUGUUUUCCAUUCACCCCCACAUGUAAACAAGCCACAGCCAUCAUCCUCGGUCUGAUCCACUGCAGAUCCUUGAGUGCUAUCUAGAGAAAGCGCCUCCAUCCUCCUCGGUCAUCGCUCAUCAAGGGUCAAGGUAAAAUGCAGAGUGCGUCCAGGAGAUUCUACCUCCAGCUGUGUCCAUGUCUCCAUUCCCACCGUCCUUCCUGAGAGCUCUCUGGAGUGAACAGCCUCGCCCCUGUCCCCCAGCAGAACCUGGUGCCCCUGCUAUGCAGAUGACGUCGCCACUGGACUGUUCAGACCCCCUCGGGAGUCAUUUCAUCAACAUCCCAGCUGUCUCUUUAGUGGCUCUCCCCCCUCAUCUCCUUGGCAGUCAUCGCUGAAAGAAACACACUCAAGCACAGCCUCGCAGAGACAAACCGAAGUGCCAGCCAAAUUCAACCCCAGGCUUGUCAUGUUUGGGAAGGACCAAAGAAUCAAGAGGAAGGACCUGGCUGGAAAUGGGAGGAGGGACAUACAGCUGACCUUUGCCCUGGCACCCGUCUUUCCAUCCGUCCUUCCAUCUACGGACACAUCAUUUUAGCCAGCAGGCGAGUGUGUGCUCAGCCAUGCGUCCUAGAUGAGCAGGGGCUCUGGUGAGAGACGGUCUGAUGGAGGGCGCUGGAAACCUGUAACCUUGAAGGGACCUUAGAUGCCGCCUCUGUCCGUGGUCCAGUCUCCACCACAGACUCUCUCCUGGCAGCCCCAGUGUUGGGCUGUACACCACUCUGGGAGACAAGCAGAGGCAUCGGCUGAGGUGGAGUUGGGGAUGCGGGUUCCACAGUCUUGCCUUCACUUCCUGAGCAUCAGUCAUCCUUCCCUGCCAUCCAUUCAAAAGGGGCCCCACGUGGAAAGAGGAAGGAACCACACCGUUGCCAGCAACGCCUGUGGAGCAACUUGUCCUUAAAGAUUGCUGGCCCCUUGCAUGUGAAUACACGUGCGUGUGUGUGGAUCUGUCUGCCUCAGGAGCAGGCAGAGAGCUCAGAAAGAUUUCUUGUCCUAUGUAGGGGGAUUUGAAGCAUCUCCCUUCCCUGCCCUUACUCAUCACUCAUCCUGCAGCUUUGGGAUAUUUCAACACUUGCUUUCUAUGCUGAGUGCUGGGGGGGUGGGGGGAGGUGAGGUCACCUAUCUGUAGGAAAUCAGGGUGGGCACUGGACAAGGGAAGCCUGGACCUGACUGGCAGCCGGGCAGUGGUACCCAGAGCAAGGCAGGAUGUGGCGUCAAGGAGAACAAAUGAUGGGCAAACACAAGUAUCCUAACCAGCGGGAAGAGGAACAUGGGAACAGAUGUGCAUCAAGGGGGGAAAACAUAACCAAAGGUUUUGGCAAACGAAGUGCCAGGUGGAGAAGUGAGGAAUUUUUACCCUUGAUCAUUUGAUGUCCUCCCCGGAAGCCACGGGCCCUGGCAGGCCAGGAAGGAAGCAUGCGAGAGGCAGGCUGAGGGAGCGCCCGGGCCACGAAAAUAUUUUUUUGCACAUGUGAAAGAUUGGGGAGAAGAAAGACACAAACAUAUUUAACACAGAUAUGCUGAAAUGGAAGCUGUGUGUGUGAGUAUGUGUGUGUGUGUGUGUGUGUGUGUGUGUGUGUGUUUUGAUUUAUUUUUUAAGUUUUGCACAGUUAGAGGAGAAAAAUGAACAAGCAGGAAAAAAAAGACUGUUAAUCCUGGUUCUGCUGAAGCUUUUCUUUUUUUUUUUUUUUUUAACCGGAUUAUUAUUAUUGUUGUUGUUGUUGUCGGUACAAAACUUUUUUUCCUCCACAUUUUUGUUGUAAGAGAAACAUUAAACACCUCAGAGAAGCAUAAAUGUCAGUAAGAAAGAGAGGAGAAGGAUGGGCCAGUUUCCGUGCUCUGCUCAUUUCUCCUGGAGGAGGGGUUGGGGCAGAGUUGACUUUAAUUGGUGGGGUGGGUUGUAACUGGUGCUUUGCCUGCAGCCCUGCGGCUGCUGGGGGAUGGAGAACUGGAAUAGAGUCACGCAGACCACAGCCCAUCUUGCCCAUAAAAGCUCUCUUUCCCUUUGCUGUUUGUUUUCCAUUUCUUUCAUUUGGAUUCUUGGUGCAUGUGUGAUACAUUUCAAUGUAAAGACAAGGCAGCAUUGUUGAAAAGCUGCUCUUUGCCCCAGAUCUUCGUUCCAAACCUCCCCUUGGAAUCCUCCAUCUCCUGCUGGCAGGCCAGAGAACCCCGGCUGGCCAGCACGCGACAGAGAAGGAACUUGGGCAGACUGGGUCCUGUGGAAGGGAGGUCCCCUGAAGGCCCCCAUCCAUGUCACAGUUAACGUGCAGGGUGACAGUUCUGUUCAAGGUGGGACCUUUAUCUGACUCCUUGAGUCCUGGGCAGAGAGCAGGGGAGAAAAGGCCCUCUCUUCUCACCUCUCCUUCACCCCACCCCUUACUCCUUGAAACCACCAGGGUCCAAAAUGGUACCAGGAGAACACACAGUGAAAGUAAGUGACUGGGGUUAGAUGGGGACUUUGAAUGUUGGGAGGAGAUGGGAUGGUGCCGGGUGGUGGUGAGAAGCAGGAAGAACUUUACCAGGUCCUGAAUUUAAAAGAAUGGGUGGAGAGACACUGGGAAAGUCAGCGGCAGGCUGGUUGUCUCUCCCAGGGGCACAAGUCUCCCCAGGUGCGGGCUCUGCUGUUCUCUGUCCUUCCUUGUAAGGAGAGACCCUGACAUUUCUUGGUAACUGCAAAUAGCAUCAUUAAGUGCCGUUGGCUAUUGUGUCAGUUACUUCCUCAGGAACAUUUUUUUUCUUGCCUUCUUUCUACGUGGUUUUGAAGUCAGGGACCCAGGAGAACCUGAGUGUCCCAUAGGCCAAGGUCUGUUCAACCCCCUGCGGGAUGUGCACCCCGGAAGCCAGCCCUAGAGCCUCCCUCUCAUGACCCUGUGGGCCAGUGAGUGAGUCUGGAGAUGCUUGAGAGAGGGAAGUCAGUUUAAACAAAUCCUGACAGCUGAGGCAGACUGUCCAGGACCAUGCCCAGGCAGCCGCGGAGUGAGGUCUCCGAUCUCUUCCCCACAGGCCCAGCUCGCACCUCCCAGCAAUGUCGGUGGGUUAUCCCAGCACCACCACCCCCUUCCCACGCCCCAGGUCCUCGUGCUUUUGUCCCCUUUGCAUGUCUGGCUCCUGAGUGUGCCCCCCGACCCCAUCCCUCUUGCCCACCUCCAGCACGUGUAGCCUCUGCCCCAAGGCCAUGUAUCCACUAGAACACAGAAGCUGCUCAGCCCCCUGUGGACACCUCCGCCCUCAGUCCAGCCCCUGGGACUGCUCUAGCCCCCUCUCACCCUCCAAAGCUGCCUCGCUGAGUGCUCGGGGCUCCCUGGUCCAGCCACGGCCUGGUGGGUCCCCCAUCAGAGAAGCCACAAACCAUCAUCUCCCAAAUUCUACUACUCCAUUCUACGAGGCAGGUGUUGCAGAUAUUUCCAGAACCCUUAACAACCCCUGGCUCUGACCUAAAAGGGAAAGCCCGGUAUCCCACCUUCCUCCUCUCUCAGGACUAAGGGACACGUCCUUUGGCUUCACAGGAUGUGAAGUCAAAUAUUUAACCUAGUGAAGGUUAAGGUUAAUUAUUGUUAAGAACAGACUUUCCUGCCUCCCAGAGAGCUGAGAAGGGGGAGAUGCUCUGCAGGCAGAAGACUGGUGGACACGCCUUUCUCGGCUCCGAACCACGGCCCUUCCGGGAACAGCCACCCCAGUGAGCAUCCCAGCGCCAGUCUCUGAGAGGCAGUUCUGUGAACGAACACUCUGCAGGUACCAGUCCCUACUGUGCCCCCAGCGGACCGGACCCCGCCCCAGGCAGAUCCUGCCUCUUCCCUGGCCUUUCCUCUUGCUUCUAGUUCACAUCGUCUAGAACCCUCUCUCAGCCCCUCACUCUGCAUCACCUCUCAGGACAGACCCCUAAGGGUCCCUGAUCCCUCAGCCCUUCCCUUCAUCUUUAAGCUGUCGGUGGGCUGAGAUUAAGGAGGGAGCCCAGGUGUGGAUGUUAAAUACAAAUUACUGGGGUUGAGGGGACAAAACUCUUCACCUGCGACUUCCAAGGCGAGGAGGAGGAACUGGAGGCAGGGGGCCCUGUUGUGAAAGAAAUGGGUCAGGACAUCCCUGGAUGUGGCCAUGGCAGGGACGCGUCCUCUGUGGCUGCUGACAUCAUCGGUGUUUCCCCUGCGCCUUCGCUGGCCGGAGCCCGCAGCGCCACCUCACCCCACAGGUGUAGCAAAGGCGUCUUAUCUUACAGAGUGGGGAGCUGAGGGGUGGCCGCAGGUGACUUCGAAGGGGCCACGCCUGAGGGAGGCUGACACACUAUGAGCCUCUUCUUGUGGUGCAGGAACACUGAAUGGCAGCCUCCCAUUCAGAAGGGAAGCUCUGCAGUAAGAUCUCAGACGUUCUCAAGAGACCUUUUUUUAAACUCCAAAUCUUUGCUCCCCAGUAAAAUUAUUCUUUAUUAGGGGGAGUAUCCAACUUUAUAAAAUGUAUAGGAUUUUUUGGUUGUAAAAAAUGGUUGUAAAAAUAAUUCACACUCAUUAGAGUUCCAAUUAAAUUCCUUGGGUAGACCGGUGACUACCCUGAAUCAAAACUAAACAAAACAGAAAAGUCCCUAAUGAAUAAAAAGAGAUUUCUGUUUGUACUGGCAGAGACAGUGAGCUUGGCCGGUGGGACGGCGGCGGGGCAGGUGGAUCUGGGUCCUGACCUUGUUCAGGGAAGCCCCACCUUCCCUCCGCUCUAUCCCCUUUCACUUCCGUCCAGGCUGCCCCUGGUGUUGCUGACUCCUACAGCUUCCCCCAAAGGGCAGCAGGGAGACCCUAUUAGGGAUUGAUCAUGAAGGGACCCCUCCCCCGAGAAGACAGAUGCUCAUGGCAAAUAGGUCUGUGCAACUCAUCUUCCACCAGUUUCUUUAUCUGGAAUUAGAACUUCUUUUGUUGGUACCUUUGAUCUUACAACUCAAGCACAUUUUGGAAAGGCUCCCUUACAAGAGCAGAAUUCAAAACAGAGGCUACAGUUACAGAGCAAUGCAAAGGACACUUAAGAAACUGAGAUGCCAUUUUACCAAACAAGGACUAUUGAAUGCAAUUCAGGCACACGACUAGGAUGGUGUACGUGUCCUUGUGUGUUCUCCUUCCCUCAUCCCUCCCUGAUGUUGCCGUCAGCUUGUUGGCUCGUUAAACUCUCUGUUCUUUAAAAAGAAAAGCUAGUUUACCUCAAAGAAUCUUGUUUCCAUUUGGAAACCAUGACUUUGUGUUUUAAGGUGGACGACCGUCCCCUCCAUCAGUCCCUGCCUGGGCCUGGCGUCCCUGAGGCCGGAGGUCCUGGUUUAGCCAUGUCUUGGCUGUGCUGACCAAGAAUGAGAAUCCCAGGCCCUGAGAUGGGAAGAAGGAUCGGAGGCAGCUGCCCUCCUCCCCAGUUUAGCUUGUUGAGACCAGCCUAUCUCUUCCAGCAGGGUCCUGCCGAGUUACCAUAGCAACCAGCAACUAACUCCAGGGUACCACAACAGACAAUGGCUCAGUGAGCCUGGGGGUUGGGGGAGAGGAGUCUGGCCUGGUCAGAUGACCUGGAGUUAAGUCUCAAACACUGAAGAGAAGAGGAGGAACAGGAAAAGAUGGAUGGGUGGUUUAAGGAACAAGCAGUGGCCUCUGGGUCUCAGAGAUAGGCCACUGAAGGAGGGAGGGCAGUCAUUCCUGUUCCUGUCACUCGCUUCCAGCCCUGCCCCACUUCUAUUUCCAUAAAGCUCCCACCUUGAACACCGACCCUUUGUUAGAACAAAGCAAAAUAUAUCUUUAGACAACAGUGUUAUAAUGAGCCUCAAAGAUAUGUGGAUGGAAUCUGUUGGAGGAAGGAGGGUCUUCUGGUUUUGAUUUUUAAAGAAGAGUAUCCUAGUAAGAUUUAAAAAAAAAGAUUAAAAAAAAAGUUUUUAAAAA